UAAUAUGGAAACCUGCUAUAUAAAUCGAUAUGUUGUAAAUUAAUGUUCCUGGCCAAAGACGCCUAAUUAUUUCUUAUUCCUCAUUUUUAUGGCUAUGCCGAUUACCACCAAUUCCUUCAGGGCUUGUUUUCGCCAUUUUAUGGCAUCUUGACCACCUUUUCAUCGAGGACGUUCCUCUUUUUAUUCCCGAAAACGUGCUGUGUUUAGCCGAGGUAAUGUUCAGAAGGAAGGCGUCUACGGUCUCAGCCUCAACACCGAAUGUUGCCAAUUCGCUUCACAGGUUUGUCAAUACUAAGCAAUAGCAGUUAUUAUUAUUAUUAUUAUUAUUAUUGCCGAUCAUUGCAAUAAACCUGUUUUGAAAUUUGAGGGCGAAAAGGGGUAUCACUACCGCAUGCACGUAUUAUACAUGCUGAAGGAUGGCUUAGGAUUAUGAUAGUGCCUGGUGGGUGCUUUUUUUUGUCUACCUCGGUUCAGGACUCUUUUUUAAGAAAAAUUUCUCGUUUAAGAGAACAGCGUGGAAUGAGAUCCAGACAGUGUGAACUUUGCGGUGCGAAAGGAGCUUUACGACGCGCAAACAAAUAAUGGCAUGGAGAAAAAAUACGAUGCAAACGUACAGGAAUUCGAAGCGAAGAGCGUGAAGGAGAUAUCUCCGAUAUGGAGGGCGCUGAGAAAGGUCUUGUAUAGAUGAGAUUAGGUGUGUGUUUGUAUAUGUGGGGAGGGGGAGAGGCCUCCCCCUUUCCAGUGUUGAAAAUGAAACCAAUGCGUUUUAUAAUUCUCUUUUUUUAGUCAUUUAUCCCUUUGUGGAUAAUAUUUUUCUUGUUCAUUGCCCUUUCACUUUUUUUUAUUGUAAUGGAAAAGACGUAUUCGUGAGACUUGACUAAGGAACAACAUCGAAACUCCAUUUUCUUCAAAAUAUAUAUAAAAAUAUAAUAAAAAAAAAGAAAGCAAACACACUUUCAGGAGCAGCAAAUGGGACUUACCACCGAUCAAACGCAGCGCGUUAAAACUGCUUUUCUUAGCUAUGCCCAAGGGCAGCCCAAGAUAUCGGACGCGAUGAUUGAUCAAUUUAUCUGCGGGGCCAUCCCGAAUUUAACUUGGGAGCAGCUUCAGGCAAAAAAAUCGAAGAAAAGAAGCUCUGCGGAUGGCUACGAUCGUGCUGAUUUUUUUGCUUUGGUUCAAACCGAACCGGCGUAUAUCGAAUUUAUUGUUCAAAAUUUUCCACCCGCUCCAAUUGAACCCAAAGAGCCUGAAAUCGACGGAUUAGCCAUGAAAACUGCGAAGGGAUUUUAGCGAGGUAGUAUACUUAGCGGAAAUAUAUGUAUAAUUGAUUAUUAAUAUUUUUUUUUGUGGAGUAAACAUGUAGGAUUUCACUUUACAGUUUAUUAUUUUUGGUGAUUCUUACUCAUUUGUUUCAGUGUAGUUCUUAUUUCCUUCUUUUUUUUGACCUUUUCAGCUAACUGUUUUCCCACAAUGGUGAUCGAGGGGGAUGUGUGUAAGGAUGAAGAAGCGGUGUGUACUCGAGACUUUUUUUUUGCUACUUUCUAGUUCUCAUUGUGGGGCUUGUUUAAGGAGGAUGAAAAGUUAAGAAGUGGCAAUUACUGGAAAAUGAGUGAGAUGUAAAGAAUUCGAUUUUCGAUUAGGGCUAAAGGACUUUUACUUCAUCUGAAUUUGUGCAAUGAGUAAAUGUUAAAGAGAAUCUCGCAA